GAAACUUUGGAAUGAAGGUCUGAACAGAUCGAUCGCAUGUUCGAGCUGAGUCUUUGUUUUGUUUUGGCUGAUUGUGCAGAAAAGACACAAAACAACCAAGAUGGAAUCCAUUAGCGGGGUUGAAAGAGAAAUUGAUAAAGUGUUAUCAAAAUUCAGUGGCGUUAAAGAACACGCAGACAGAGUUUUAGAGGAUCUAAUGAGAAACACAGAGUCACUAAAGAACGAAAUAGAUCUCGUUCCACCAGGCCAUGAAUUGACAGCUGCCCAGAUAGUGAUAUUGAGACAAACAAUGAACAAAAUCCGGGAUACAGUACAUAGAAUAGCAUCAGAACACAGAGAUCUACACAGCACAGUGUCAAAAGUAGGAAAAGCUAUUGAUAGGUCUUUUGUAGCAGAUUUUGCAUCAACAAGUCGUGAAGAUGUGUUUUCUGGGUCAGACAAAGUGCAGUUGUUGAACCAAGUGAUAUGUCAACACUUCUAUAGGCAAGGAAUGCUGGAUAUAGCAGAUGAACUGGCUCAGGAGGCUGGUUUAAAAAUGGAAGAUGGAGGUAAAGAACCUUUCUCCGAACUGAACAGAAUCCUCGACUCACUCAAGCAGAGGGAUCUCAGCCCAGCACUGGAAUGGGCUCAGUCACAUAGAGAGAGUCUUGACACACAGAACUCUUCUUUAGAAUUUAAGUUACAUCGUUUGCAGUUCAUUGACUUGAUACAGCGAGGACAUACCGGACAAGCCGAGGCGAUUCAUUACGCACGUACGCAUUUCCAGCAAUUCAUUAAUAAGCACGAGAAAGAGAUUCAAAGUCUUAUGGGGAUGUUUCUGUUCCUGCCAAAUGGAAUCAAUUCCUCCCCCUAUAGUCGCCUGCUUGAACCAAACUUGUGGGUUGAGAUCUACGAUGUGUUUACCCGUGAUGCCUGCUCACUGCUUGGUCUAAGUGUGGACAGUCCCCUGUCUGUUUGUAUAAACGCGGGCUGCACGGCUUUACCGGCCCUCUUGAACAUAAAACAGGUUAUGCAACAGCGGCAAGUAACGGGGAUCUGGAAUGGAAAGGAUGAACUACCAAUCGAGAUUGACCUCGGACAGGACAGCCGAUAUCAUUCUGUGUUUGCGUGUCCUAUAUUGAGACAGCAGAGCACUGAAUCAAAUCCUCCUAUGAGACUUAUAUGUGGUCAUGUGAUCUCACGCGAUGCCCUCAACAAACUUAGUAAUGGCAACAAAUUGAAGUGCCCAUACUGUCCAGUUGAACAAAAUCCAUCAGAUGCUAGGCAUAUAUUCUUCUGACUGUCCAUUCUACCGCCCCUCAAAUAGCUGUAUUUAAAAACCUUUUGUACUUCACUACAUUUGUGGUGGACGUACUAUGUAGAAUUUUUGCCUUAACAGUAUCAGUGGAACGUGCCAACUGCAGUAUUCACGGUGCUCGACUUGUAAACAACCAUUGUACAGACGGGGAGACACAGAAUCCAUGCGCUGGAAUUUGUCGUGUUAACACUUUCAUUGCUAGUGCUGCUGCUGUUACAUAGCAGAGAAGCAGAACGCAUGUUGAAAGGAGGGCAUAAAGAAGUGACUUAUAUGCUCAUUAAUGAUUCUUAUCAGGCCAAUAAUUUAUCUCGAAUGCCAAAAUAUAUCUAUCGGAAUUUUGCUUUCGCCGGUGUUUAAAAAAAAUGAAUGAAUUAAAAUUAAGACUCUUCUGCUAUCUUCCUACAUGUCGCUCCCCCGUCAUCUUAAAUUCUCGCACUUUCUUCUCUGUAUCUUUCAUGUUCUUGCCUCAUUGUCUUUUUUCUUGUUCUGUGUUUAUUGUGUCCCAUUUCAACGUAUUAUUCAGUCAGGACCUCAUUGUGUUUAUGUGCAUGAAAAUUUGAUAAAUUUUCAUUUUAGCUUCGUACACUUUCACAGGUCUGAAAGCCACGAUUAUGUAAUUGUAGCUCGUGUAUUUGUUUAGUUUCAGUCAAAUACUCCGUUUUUGCAUCUCAUAAGUUAUGUUCGUUGUGAUAAUGGAUUCUUGGUCUCUUCCUGUCUCAUGAAAGAAUAUCUUUUUUAUACUUUUUGCCCUUUGACUUAAAUGUAAAUAUACAGUAAUAAAGUUUCCAUAAAGGGAAGAUAUUUUUCAAAAGUAAGUCAUCCUGUAUUAUGAAGUUAAAGAAGACAUUGUAGUCU